CUCCAUCCAUUUCAAUGGUGCAGCUUUCCCAAGCCCCUUUCCGUCGCCCAUCGUCACCUUCAGGCCGGUCAGAGGAGGGGGAGGAUAAGAGCAUGAAGGCGGCCAAGCAGCAGGUGAACCCGUGGGGGGGGGCAGCCCAGCCUCCCUCCAGCCCCCUGCAGUCUGCGCUGAACUCGGCAGCCUCUCCUUCCCAGGCAUAUGAGACUUACAUUGAUAAUGGGCUUAUCUGCCUCAAACACAAGAUCAGGAACAUUGAGAAAAAGAAGGUAACUCAAAGCUUUUAUAAGGAAAGCCUCCAAAGCGGAGAAGCCCUCAAUCAAGACCAGUUGGAAGCAGUAGAGAAAUAUGAUGAAGUAGUACACAACUUGGAAUUUGCCAAGGAGCUUCAGAAGACUUUUUCAGGACUUAGCCAAGAUCUGCUGAAAGCACAGAGGAAGGCGCAGCGAAGAGAGAGUCUAUUGAAGCUUGAAGCAGAAAAGAAAAAGUUGCGUACAAUACUCCAAGUCCAGUAUGUGCUGCAGAACUUCACUCAAGAGCAUGUUCAGAAAGAUUUCAAAGGUGGUGUGAAUGGUGCAAUAUACUUGCCUUCUAAAGAACUAGACUACCUCAUAAGAUUUGCAAAACUGACAUGUCCAGAAAGAAAUGAGAACUUGAGUGUUGAAGACCAGAUGGAACAAUCAUCUCUCUACUUCUGGGACCUGCUAGAAGGAAGUGAGAAACCUGUGGUUGGAACAACAUAUAAACACAUGAAGGAUCUGUUAUCCAAACUUCUAGACUCUGGCUACUUUGAAAGUAUUCCAACUCCUCGCACGACUCUACCAAUAAAAGAAUUGGAAGAAGAAGUAAAUAGAAAAUCUGAGAGAACCAGACAGAUGUCAAAAGGAGACUCUGUCAAAGAACCAGAAUCCAUUAUGGAGCUUAUGAAGUCUGAAAUACAGCCACAGGAGUUUCUCAACAGGCGUUAUUUGCCUGAAGCAGAAUACUCUGUCAAGAAGAAGCCAGAAGAGCCCAAAUCUUGGGAAGCUGAGAGUGCUAGAAAGCAAGAACCUCCAAAGACCUGGGAAAUGCUUGUUGAUAUUGAAGAGCAGGAACAGAAGCAGAAACAAGAGACUUUAAAGCCUUGGGAAGCUCGUGUUAGGCAGCAGGAACCAAAGAGACCAGAUUCUCCAAAGCCCUGGGAAGCUCGUGCUAAAGAGGAGGAACAGAAGCGUGAGUCUACAAAGCCCUGGGAGACUCGUGUUGAAGAAGAACAGAAGAAGCAAGAAACUCCAAAGGCCUGGGUAGCACGUGUCCGAGAGGAGCAGGAGUCCCCCAAACCUUGGGUAGCAAAGGUUAGGGAAGAGCAGGACCUGAAGAAACAGGAAUCGCCUAAGCCAUGGGGAGCAAGAGUUAGGGAAGAGCAGGAACAGAAAAAGCAGGAGUCCCCAAAACCUUGGGUAACCAAAGUUAAGGAAGAACCAGAACAAAAACAGGAAUCUCCAAAACCUUGGGUAACCCAAACUAGGGAGCAACCAGAACAAAAGAAGCCAGAGCCUGUGAAAUCAUGGGAAAUGCCUGUUAGGGAAGAGCAGCAGCAAGUGUCAUCACAGCAGUUACAGAACCCUCCGAAGUCCUGGGGAGCUGCAAGUGUGGGGCCAAAGGAGCAGAUGGGGCCAAAGAAGUUUGAUAUGGAACCCAAAGAAGUGCCUAAACCUGUACAUCAGCCAGCUGCAGAAUUUUGCUCUACUUCAACUCUUCCAAAAGAUCCAGUAUUGAGAAGGGAAAAACUUCAGGAUCUGAUGACUCAGAUACAAGGGACUUACAACUUCAUGCAAGAGUCCAUUCUGGAUUUUGAUAAAGCUUCACCAAGUGCCAUUGGUUCAUCCCAGCCACCUUCAGUUACUCCAGCAAGUAGUCCUGUAGCUUCAAAAGAACAGAAACUGCCAAGUCAGAGUGAUUUUCUUCAACAGCCUCUCCAAGCUGCUGCUUCAUCCAUGACACUGCAUGGUUCAAAUACUUCCCUAGCAUCUGCUGAUCAGACUCUUUCUGGCUCUGAAACCGAAGACUUGGUGACGCCACAGGCACCACAGGCAUCAGCAUCACUUUCUCAAGAGACUGAAAAAUAUACUUCCCAGCCACUGUAUCAGACAAGUUCACGUAUUUCUGAGCCACUGAUCCCUAAAAAGAUUGAAAUUGCCCAGGCAACUAUUCCUCUCCCAAGUGAGCCACAGUCACCAUUGCCUACUUCAAGCGCCUCCAUGACACCAGUAGCACCUGCGCAAAGCUUUCAGUCUCCUCCAGCAAGUAGCAGUUCUGUCACAAUAACAGCAGCUCCUUUUCAGGCUAUGCAGACUGUAUUUAAAGUGAAUGCACCACUGCCUCCACGUAAAGACCAGGAAAUUAAAGAGGAUUCUUCAUAUUCAGCAUAUAACCAGAGUUUCUCUACAGCAAGUACACAGACUCCUCCUCAAUGCCAGUUGCAAUCUUCUCAUGUUGCAGAACAAACUUCUCUUUCACAAGAAUCUCUGUCUUCAGCAGUGAAUUAUCAACCUGAUGGAGCUGUUCCUGUUAGCAAUGGUAGCCUUGCCUUUUAUCCAGCACAGACUAAUGUUAUUCCCAGACCCCCUCAGCCUUACCUUAACAGUCGUGGGUCUGUCAGAGGAUCUGCUAGAGGUGGAAGGUCACUGGCUAAUUCAUAUCGUUCCCCUGGUGGGUACAAAGGUUUUGAUGCUUACAGAGGCUCACCUUCAAUAAGUAAUGGUAACUAUGGCCAGCUGCAGUUCCCUGGUAGAGAUUAUGCUGGAAUGCCAUAUUCUCAGAGGGAUGUUAAUUACCAGCAGUGCUAUAAACGAGGUGGGAUAACUAGUGGUCCUCGAGCAAAUUCAAGAGCAGGGUGGAGUGAUUCCUCUCAGGUGAGCAGUCCAGAACGAGACAAUGAAACCUUUAACAGUGGGGACUCUGGACAGGGAGACUCCCGUAGCAUCACUCCUGUUGAUAUGCCAGUGACGAGCCAAGCUGCCACCAUACUACCAGUGCAUGUCUACCCUCUCCCACAGCAGAUGAGAGUUGCCUUCUCUGCUGCUAGAACAUCUAACUUGGCCCCUGGAACUCUAGACCAGCCAAUUGUGUUUGACCUGUUGCUGAACAACCUUGGAGAAACUUUCGAUAUCCAGCUUGGUAGGUUCAACUGUCCGGUGAAUGGUACAUAUGUCUUCAUCUUCCACAUGCUGAAACUGGCUGUAAAUGUUCCCCUGUAUGUGAAUCUCAUGAAGAAUGAAGAGGUCCUAGUGUCAGCAUAUGCAAAUGAUGGGGCUCCUGAUCAUGAAACAGCUAGUAAUCACGCAGUCCUGCAGCUGUUCCAGGGAGACCAGAUCUGGUUGCGUCUGCAUCGAGGAGCCAUCUAUGGAAGUAGCUGGAAAUACUCCACCUUUUCGGGAUACCUCCUUUAUCAGGACUAAAAUCCAGUGCGAUGUUUACAAAAGAGCUGCUCCAAACACCUUGGUGGAGGGGGGUGGGACUAGCUUUGCACUUAUUAAUGACUUUAUGGAAGAUACAUGGUUCCAUUAUUGGGGGAAAUGAUGGUCCUGUUGUGCAAGGUGAAAUCAUGGAGUUGGGGUACUGAAUCAGCACUAAUUUGGCACUUUAUCAGUUGUGAUGUAGCCUUGCUAGUAAAGCUGUGAAUGUAUAUUGUUUGCACUUACCCUAAACUGUAUUAAUGUCCAGCUUACUACACUAUUGAUUGCCUCAAGUAUGGGCUAUUCACAAUGCCUUGUUGUGCCUCAAUAAAACAAGUUAAUAUGCAUUUUAG